AUGAAAAAGAGCAUAAAAUUUAACAUUGACAGAGGUGGAACAUUCACAGAUAUUUAUGCAGAAUUCCCAUUCGAACCAUAUUAUAUUGUAGAAAAGUUAUUAUCAGUCGAUCCAGAUAACUACUCAGAUGCACCAAGAGAGGGUAUUAGAAGAAUCUUAGAGAGAAUACAAAAGAAAUCAAUACCAAAAGAUAAUGUUGAUACAACAUGCAUUAAAUCAAUUCGUAUGGGAACUACAGUAGGCACAAAUGCAUUACUCGAAAGAAAAGGUGAACGUGUACUUUUGGUAACAAGUGAAGGUUUUAAAGAUUUAUUACAAAUUGGUAAUCAAGCUAGACCCAAAAUUUUCGAUUUAAAUAUUGUUAAACCCGAUUUAAUUUACGAUUCAGUUUUGGAAGUAGAAGAAAGGGUUCAAAUCAUCAAUAAUCAGCAUUUACUAUCUCAAUACAAUGAUGAGGAACUAGGUAAACUAGAACGUGGUACAACUGGUGACUAUAUCAAAAUUUUAAAAGAACCAAAUUUAGAUAAAAUCAAAAAAGAUUUAACAGAACAAUUUAAAAAAGGUAUCAAAUCAGUUGCAAUUGUUUUUAUUCAUUCAUAUACAUUUAAUAGACAUGAAGAAAUGGUUGGUAAAAUUGCACAAGAGGUUGGGUUUACACAUAUCUCAUUAUCACACCAACUAAUGCCAAUGAUCAAAGCUGUACCAAGGGGCUUAACAAGUUGUGUUGAUGCUUAUUUAACUCCACUCAUCGAACUAUAUAUUAAAAAUUUCGAAAAGGGUUUUGAUAAGAGUAUAAAGGAUGUAGAUAUUUCAUUCAUGAUGAGUGAUGGUGGUUUGUGUCCAGUAGAUUCUUUCAGAGGCUUUAGAUCAAUUCUAUCAGGACCUGCAGGUGGUGUUGUUGGAUAUUCAAAAACUACUCAUGGUGAAACUGGAUCAAAUAACAAUCAACAGCCAAUCAUUGGUUUCGAUAUGGGUGGUACAUCAACCGAUGUUUCUAGAUACUCUGGAUCUUUUGAUCAUGUUUUCGAAACUGAAAUCUCUGGUUUAACUAUUCAAGCUCCACAAUUGGAUAUUCAUACUGUUGCUGCUGGUGGUGGCUCACGUUUAUUCUUUAAAUCAGGUUUAUUCAAUGUUGGCCCAGAAUCUGUAGGUGCUCAUCCAGGUCCAGUUUGUUAUAAAAAGAAGGGUAAUCUUGCAAUUACUGAUGCAAAUUUAUUAUUAGGUAGAUUAUUACCACAAUUUUUCCCAUCAAUUUUUGGUCCAAAUCAAAAUGAACCAUUAGAUUACCAAGCUACCCUCUCUGCUUUUCAAACCCUUACUCAAGAGAUUAAUAAUUUCCAAAGUAAAAACAACCUUCCAUCAAUGAGCGAAGAUGAGGUUGCAUUUGGUUUUAUCAGAGUCGCAAAUGAAGCAAUGUGCCGUCCAAUUCGUAAUAUUACCGAGGCCAAAGGUUAUGAUUGUUUUCAACAUAUAUUAGCAUGUUUCGGUGGUGCCGGUGGCCAACAUGCAUGUGCUAUUGCUCAAAACUUGGGUAUGCCAAAGGUUUAUAUUCACCGUUUCUCUGGUAUCCUUAGUGCCUAUGGCUUGGGAUUAGCAGAUUUGGUCAUCGAUAAACAAGAGCCAUGUUCAUUAUCAUACAACAAAGAAAAUCAAGAUGAGCUCAAGCAAAAACUACAAGAACUAAUGGAAGAUGCAAAGAAACAACUCUUGUGUAAAGGAUUCAACGAAAAGGAUAUUAUUUGUGAAGGUUAUUUAAAUUUAAGAUUCUCUGGCACAGAUACUUCAAUGAUGGUUAAAACUCCGGAUAAUGGCGACUAUGAAGAAGAAUUUAAACAAAACUACAAAAGAGAAUAUGGUUUUAUUAUCAAAGGCCGUGAUUUAUUAAUCGAUGACAUUCGUGUUAGAGUCUACGCAAAAGGUUCAGACUUAAAUGCAAUUACAAUUCCUGAUGCAGAUCCAAACUCACCACCCAAACCAGAGCUAGUUCACAAAUGUUAUUUCGAAAGUACAGGUAGAACCGAUACACCUGUUUUCCUACUUAAAAAAUUGGGUGGAGGAGACUCUAUUAGUGGUCCUGCCAUCAUUAUUGACAACACAACUACCAUCGUUGUCGAACCAGAUUGCAAAGCAAAUAUUUUAAAACCAAGUGGAAAUAUCGAAAUCAUUGUAGGAAAUGGCAAAGGUAAAACCAUUGAUACCAAAUUAGACCCAAUCAUUCUUUCAGUAUUUUCCCAUCGAUUUAUGAGUAUUGCUGAGCAAAUGGGAAGAACUCUUCAAAGAACCUCCAUUUCAACUAAUAUCAAGGAGCGUUUAGAUUUUAGCUGUGCUAUUUUCAGUCCAGAUGGAUCAUUGGUAGCCAAUGCACCACAUCUUCCAGUACAUCUAGGUUCAAUGCAAGAAGCUGUUAAAUAUCAAGUAAACUUAUUAAAAAAUAGUUGGAAAGAAGGUGAAGUCAUUUUAUCGAAUCAUCCACAAGCUGGUGGUAGCCAUUUACCAGAUAUGACUGUUAUGACACCAGUUUAUCACAAAGGUGAAAUUGUAUUUUUCGUUGCCUCAAGAGGUCAUCAUGCCGAUAUAGGUGGUAUUACUCCUGGCUCAAUGCCACCAUUUUCCAAAUCUAUUCACGAAGAAGGUGCUGCUAUUAAAUCUUUGAAAAUUGUUGAAAAUGGUCACUUUCAAGAGGAUACCAUUAGAGAAGUUUUCGCAAAAUCACGUAAUCUUGCUGAUAAUCUUAGUGACCUGAAAGCACAAAUUGCUGCCAAUCGAAAAGGUAUUUCUCUAAUGGAAGAGUUGAUCAAUCAUUAUGGCCUCGAAGUAGUUCAUGCCUAUAUGCACCAUGUUCAAAAUAAUGCAGAGUUGGCCGUACGUGAUAUGCUUUAUGAAAUCUCUCUUGCAAAUAAAUUAAAACCAGUUGACACUUUAAUAUCAACCGACUAUAUGGAUGAUGGAUCAAAGAUUGAACUAAAGCUAACUAUUGAUCGUGAACAAAGAACUGCCAUAUUUGAUUGGAGUGGAACUGGUCCAGAAGUAUUUGGAAAUACCAAUGCCCCUCCAUCCGUAACCUAUUCAGCAACCAUCUAUAGUUUAAGAUCAAUGGUCAAAAGGGACAUCCCCUUAAAUCAAGGUUGUCUAAACCCAAUUACCACUAUUAUUCCACCAGCUUCAAUUUUAAAUCCAACUGCAGAGGCAGCAGUAGUAGGUGGCAAUGUAUUAACUAGUCAACGUGUUACCGAUAUUAUUUUAGCAGCAUUCAAAGCAUGUGCAAAUAGCCAAGGUUGUAUGAACAAUUUAACAUUUGGUGAUGAAACUUUAGGCUAUUACGAAACAAUUGCCGGUGGUUCUGGUGCAGGUCCAACAUUCAAUGGUUUUUCAGGUGUUCAAUGUCAUAUGACAAAUACAAGAAUUACAGAUGUUGAAAUUAUGGAAAAAAGAUACCCAGUGCUUGUCAAAGAGUAUAGUAUUAGAAAAGGCUCAGGUGGUGAUGGAAAAUAUAAAGGUGGUGACGGUGUUAUUAGAGAAAUUGAAUUCCUCAAAAACUUUACCGUCAGUAUCUUAUCAGAAAGAAGAUGUUAUCAUCCAAAAGGUUUAGAAGGAGGCCAAGAUGCUGAAUGUGGCGAAAAUCUUGUAAGAAGAAAAGAUGGCAAAAUUAUAAAUAUUGGUGGUAAAAAUACAAUAGAUUUAAAUUCAAACGAAUCAAUUAUAAUAAAAUCACCAGGAGGUGGUGGUUUUGGUAGUAAAAACUAAAAUAAAAACAUAAUGUGAUAAUAAAAUUUUUUAAUUUUU